UUCCGACUAUGUUCUUGUCCUCUCUCCAGAGGGUUGCUCUGCCUCUCAAAACCCUCCACCACUUCCACCACCGAAUUAUUAAAUUCCCGGAAUGACCCUGAGUUCGUUGACAUUCCCACCUAACUCCCUGCGUCUCUCUCCUACAUCCAAAUUCACCAUCUUUUCUUCACCAAAUUAUGCUUUCACUCAACACCCAUGUCCACUUCCAAUAACCAGACCCGUUUCCAUGUGCGUUCCAACCCAACACAGAAACAAUCCGGGCCCGAAAAAGACCCAUAAAAAGAACUCUUCAUCUUCUGAAGCGGAGGAGCUGGUUCGUUCAGUCUUGAGAAAUUUCAGAGAGAAAAAACCAUUGGUGACUACGCUCGAUAAGUAUGCCAAGUUUUUGAGAACUGAACAUUGUUUCAUGCUCUUUGAAGAGCUUGGGAAGGAUGAUAAAUGGCUGCAAUGCCUUGAGGUGUUCAGAUGGAUGCAAAAACAACGAUGGUACAUAGCAGAUAAUGGGGUAUAUUCUAAGUUGAUAUCAGUUAUGGGAAAAAAGGGCCAAACUCGGAUGGCCAUGUGGCUUUUUUCUGAGAUGCGUAAUAGUGGUUGUAGGCCUGAUACGUCGGUCUACAAUGCACUGAUCUCUGCCCACCUUCACUCCCGGGAUAAAUCCAAGGCAUUGUCCAAGGCUCUGGGGUACUUUGACAAGAUGAAGGGUAUGGAACGUUGUAAACCCAGUAUUGUAACAUAUAACAUUCUUUUGCGAGCUUUUGCUCAGGCAAAAAAUGUUGAUCAGGUUAAUAUAUUGUUUAAAGAUCUAAAUGAUAGCAUUGUGACACCAGAUAUCUUCACAUUUAACGGUGUGAUGGACGCCUAUGGAAAAAAUGGGAUGAUCAGGGAAAUGGAGUCUGUGCUUUCUAUGAUGAAGAGCAAUCAGUUGAAGCCAGACAUCAUCACAUUUAAUUUAUUGAUUGAUUCCUAUGGGAGGAAGCAGGAAUUUGAAAAGAUGGAACAAGUUUUCAAGAGCCUGCUGCGUUCUAAGCACAAACCAACACUUCCUACAUUCAAUUCUAUGAUCACAAACUAUGGAAAAGCACGUCUCAGGGAGAAAGCGGAGUUAGCUUUCCAGAAAAUGACUGAUAUGGGAUACAAACCAAACUUUAUCACAUAUGAGUGUCUUAUUAUGAUGUAUGGAUACUGUGACUAUGUUUCACGGGCAAGAGAGAUAUUUCAGCAGGUGGUUGAAUCUGAGGAGAAAAAGGUCUCGACUCUGAAUGCGAUGCUUGAUGUCUAUUGCAUGAAUGGCUUGCCUAUGGAAGCCGACAUGCUUUUUGAAAGUGCACAUACUUCAAGACUGUUUCCCAUUGAUUCCUCCACUUACAAACUUCUUUACAAAGCCUACACUAAAGCUGACAUGAAGGAGCUACUACAGAAAUUGUUGACGUGUAUGGACAGAGAUGGCAUUAUCCCAAACAAAAGGUUUUUCCUUGAUGCUUUGGGAGCCAUUGGGUCUUCACGUGCAAACCAAAAGUCAACCAGAAAGACAGAUGGUUCAAAUAGACAGACAGACAGUGCAAAGACAUAGGUGGAUGUCUGGAUGAAUCUCAUAUGUAUUCGGUGCAUUCUUUUUAUCUAUCUGUGCCUAUGCCGAGGACUGAGGAGCUUGCCAUGUGAAAGCCACUCUUGGUCAAUCCAAUGCUAUCAUACAGACUACUUGCUCAAUUUCGUUCCCAAUCCUUAUGGUAUGUAUAUAAUUUCUAGCCUUUUUCCAAGUGAUCUAUCAUCACUAAUGCCACAGUACUUAACGUGCAUUUGUGGAGGGUGGAAUGAAAGAAUUUUUUUUUUAACUUCAACUUAAAUUUCAAUUAUCCCUUCUACUUUCCUUUCAAAAUAAAGAACAAAAUCUCCUUUUCUUCUCUUUGUUAUUAGAGAUUUGAAAGUAACCUUUCUAUUGGUUCCAAGAAUUCCGUCACACUCUCAAGUUUCUUCACCUAGGAUUUUUUUAUUUUUAUUUGUUAUUAUUUUUUUUUUGUGUCACUGGUAAUGACGAUAUAGUGUAUGUAUAGGUCACAAACUCGAGUCAAAGAUAAUAUGAUAUUAUAAUUCAGAAUUGUCA